AUGUCAAUGUCUACACUGCAGGACCUCUUCUCGCAAGGGCAGCCUUACCAUGCGACAGUUCCUCUGCGUGCACAGGCGCUUGUGGCCACCGUUUUGCUGAUUGCCGCUGCACUUGGCUCUGCGCUAUUUUCCAUCAGCACUGGUCCAAAGAAGCUUGCGGUCGCUCUCCCUGCAAGUCUGUGUUGGGGCUUUGGUGCACUCUACCUUCUACUUGCAUGCGGCGUGUACGUCUAG